CGCUUAUUGGCGUCUUUGUCGUCGCAUUAUAUGCACCGCCUUUGGAUCAAGCAAAGCGUUUCAAUUCUUCAGUUACGGUCGAAAUAAGCAGACAUUUUUGUUUGAAACACUGUGAAGUGUGAAGAGAAAACGAAUAUAGAAAAGAAAGUUUUUGGAGUUGUUUCGAAAUUCGGGUGAAAAGUGAUAUUUAUUAUAAAGACGCCGAAUAGAAUUAAGUUUAAUAUAAUCUGAAAGGAGCAGGCGUCAAAAAGACAAUAUGGGUAAGACUCAGAGCAAACGUUCAGUUGAUAUAACCACCGAAGCCAAGAAAAAUCCAGAUGAAGAUGUUACCGGCAAGUUGGAAAAAAUUGAAGAUCUCGAUCAAAAACAGGUGAAUGGCGAUGCAAGUUCUCAGGAGAAUGUUGAAACGGAGGCAUUACAGAAAAAAGAUGGUGAUGAAACUGAAAAUGACAAAGACUUGACAACCGAAAAGAGUGGUGGUGAUAAUGGUGCACAAGAUGGUGGUGGUGACAGUAAUACGGGACAAAGUAAUGCAAGUGCUGCGGAGUCUGCUUCUAAGGAAGACGAAUCAACUGGCCCAAAGGAUGGUAAUAAAAGCACUGAAGAAAUUUCGCCCCUCUCCGAUGAGAAUAACAAAAAGCCCAAGAAGGAGAAGGUCAAAAAGAAAUGGUCUUUCCGUAGCAUUUCAUUUGGAAAAAAAGAUAAACAAAAGCCAGCUAAAGCCGAGGAUGCAGCAACUGAAAAUGCGGCAGCUACAAAUGGUGAUGCCGCAGCACAAGUGGGUAAUGGUGCUGGCACAGAAGAGACGGCUGAAAAAGUGCAAAAAGAUGGAGCUGCCGGAGAUUCCGAGGAAAAGAAUUCUAACGAGAAGGCCACUGAAAAUGGCGAAAGCUCUGAGAAAGAAUUGAAUGGUGAAAAAACGUCAACUUCUACUACACCAGUUGAAGAGCAGGCUGUAAAGGAAAUCUCUUCCAAUGAAAACACCACCAACAUCACAAACAACACCACCGAAACCACAAGUUCAGUUGUAAUUGAGAAUAGCUCAACCACUGCCACUGAAAAUAAUCAGACUGAGAAGCAAACUACUGCCACUACCACUAAUUUAGCCGCAGAGACUCCUGAAAGUGCACCUGCCGUCGUGAGUAAUGGUGAUACAAUCGAGAAUAACGGCACUGAAACGUUAUCGACUGCCGAUGACCAGAAAGAUCAAGUAACAGACAAAGCAGCGGACUUGAUGGGGGAAACGUCUGACGUUGCCGAAAAAAUUAAAAGCAUUCCAAAUGUUGUAAACGAGAUGUCCGAUAACAAAGGUGUGCAUCAAAAUGGUACGAGCGCAAAUGGUGACGAACUCGAAACUGAAAAUGAGUCCAAAUCACAAGUUGAGGUAAUAUUCCAAACAGAUAAAGCUGCCCUCACAGAAGAAUUAGUUACUUUGAAUACCGCUACUACUUCCUCUCCACCCAAUACAACCCCUAUUUUAAUCCCUGACCCCACCAUCACCAUCGAAUCGACGUUGAACGAAAUUAGCGAGAAAGUCGCAAUAAACAACGAAAGCAUGAUUACAGAUUUGACUGAUAAACAAAUAGAAGAAACAGCAGCGGUUACUGCUGAUUGUGCUACAAGUGCUGUAGUAGACAUGACUUUAAAGGCAAUCGAACCUGAAUCAACAUCUACAGUUUCAGUUACAGAUCAAACUGAAGUCACUAAUGUUGAUACAGGUAAGGUUGCGUUCAACGAGCCUGAAGCGGAAAUUGAUACGAAUGCAGAUCAAUACAAAGCCGAAAGCCAAUGUGAAGAUACAACCGGAGAUUUAAUUGCUACUGUAAGUGCAACGUCAACGGCUGCUGAAUCCCCAAAACCUCCUCCGCUACCUGUUUCCCCUCCACCAUCACAAGUAUCAGUUUUUGCGUUCAAUGAUAAUAAUCAAGUUGAGGAAGAGGGAAUAUGUGGUACUUCCACGCAUAUUGCUGCUGAAAAGGAAACUUCAGAUCUAUCAACAUCCGCCAUAAUACAACAAAAAGAUGUCGAUGACAUACCAAAUUCACAACUUUGUACUGAAGAACCGCAACUAUGCGCUGAGGGUGUCGAACCUUGCACUGAGAACUCUCAACUUUCUAUUGAGCAAGCCAGCCAUAACGAAGAUACUGAAAGCGGAACUGUUCCAUCUUUAUCGGAUAAUGCUCCUGUAACAACUGCGCAAAGUCCUCCAUCCUAUGCAAGUGAGCAUUUUGAAGUUUCUGAAGCGCCAAAAGCUUCUAUGGAACAAGUAGAAGAAAUUCAACAUAACGUAUUGAUCGUCAAGGAGGAUAUCGCGAGCGAUACUCUUCCCAAUUCGACAGAAGAAGCUGUAGCAGUUCCUGAACAAGUUUUCGAUAACACUGAAAACCAGUUUGUAAUGGCGGCCGCAGCAGUUGUAGAUGAGAUAACUGAAAAAGCUGUAGAGUUAAUUCAACAACAAAAAGAUAUCGAAGAGAAUCAUCCGGAUAUAAAUGAAUCAAACAUCAUAACAACAAAUGAAGAUAUUAAGACUGAUAAUGAAGAUAUCGAAAUGAACCCAGUUGAGGAUGGUAUUGAAAAUAGUGAAGUCGUCACCUUUCAUGUGAAGGGAGUCUCGAUGGAAGAAAUUAUUGAGAAAAUGGAAUCGUCAAAUAUUAAUUGCGAGAAGACAGAUUCUGAUAAGAGUAAGCAGUUAACUAUUGAGUCACACCUACUUGAUAGUCUAAAAAUGACUGAUAACCAUAUAGUGGAGGAGGAAAAAGACUUUGCUACAGAAAUGUGUAAUCAGACUGUGGUCAGCGUUAAUGAGAUACAAAAUUAAUGUUCAAACGAUAAAGAAACACAAAAUUUUAUAUAUAUAAAUACGAACUAUAAAUACAGCACUUUAUAAAAGAUAUGAUUAAAUUCGUAUUCGAAACGCAAACAAUUGCUGUUUGGGCAUCUAAGGAUAUUACUAAUGCUAAGGAUCUAAAGGAGAGUGCUGCGGCAGAGGUCACAACACAGGAUCUUCCCGUUAUAUGCGAAUAAUCCUAUU